AUGAGCCCUAAAAAAACUCGCAAAAACAGAUUGAGUCGAAUGAUGAAGAAACGGAUCCAGGCAAGGGAGAAAGACGAAGACAAGGAAAAAGAAUCUGGUCAAGAAACUGGUCAUAUUACACGGGUUAGAAAAAGAAAGCCAAGCAGAAACAGAUUAUAUCAAGAGCUUUUCAAACAGAAAACGAAAAAGCAAGCGACUCACAAUAAACCAGAGGUUGUCGCCGGUGAUGAUCCCAAGAUGUGUAUAAAAUGCACGGGAGAAGGAGUCUAUAGCAAAGAAAGAGCACAUGUCUCUACCGGAUCUCCAUCAUGCCCUUUCUAUGUUCUGAUGGUUGGAUGUAGUAUUAAGAAUCAUGAGGAGCUCCCUUUCUUUGAAGAGGAAACUUAG